UUAAGACUGGGCUUUAAAAGCGGUUUUGGUUUAGUAUACUCUGAGAGGUCUAAGCCGCCACUACUCCAGAUUUCCGCGAUCUUCUGGCAGUCUCGCAUUAAUUUCCUAUUACCAAAAAACUUGAUAGAACCAUAUGAAGUGUUAACAUUUUGAAGUCUCCACAUGUUUUCUAAUUGAUUCCAAUUUGCAUUUCAAUUCUGAAUCAGAACAAUGCAUUUCAUUUUGCUGGCUUAUCUGUUACUGGCUGGGAAUCUAUUUUACCCAAUCAGAUCCGUAGAUGGAGCCAAGAUUCUGGCAGCCUACUCUUUUCCAGGCAAGUCACACUAUAUGAUGCACAAGACUCUGGUGAGAGAACUCAUCGAAAAUGGACAUCAGGUAACCAUGAUCACGGCCAGGUCUCUGGAGAGUGAGAAUCUGGGCAGUAACUACACGGAGAUACUAAUAGAACCAGUCUAUGAUUUUUGGCACGAUGUUAAGCUAGACUUUGGUGCCCUACAUUUGUUCGAACUGACUCGUUUGAGAAAUACGGAUUUCGUUAAGAUGCUCGACAUUAUUGGAGUAAAGACGACGGAACAUGCUCUCAAACAGCCCAAGGUCCAGGCCCUCAUCCAUGCCAAGCAGACCGAGGGAGUCUUCGAUCUGUUCAUGGCGGAACAGUUCUACCAGGAGGCGUUGCUGCCUCUGGCCCGGGUGUACAAGGUGCCAGUGGUGACUACCAGUACCCUGGCCUAUGAGAACCACAUGAGCCAGAUAAUGGGACUGAUUACACCAUGGUCCUUUGUGCCCCAUGGCUUUCUGCCCUUCACCGAUCGCAUGAGCUUCUGGGAAAGACUCCGGAACUCGUACACCUCGCUUCACGAGGACCUGUACAGAUUGCUUGUUUAUUUUCCCAAAAUGGACGCUGUGGCCCAGGAGUUCUUCGGCCCGGUUCUGGGUGAGGUUCCUAAGGUGAGGCAGCUGGAGAAGGAAACCUCAGUGAUGCUCUUAAACAGUCACGCACCACUGACCACGGCACGCCCCACUGUGGAUGCCUUCGUGUCGGUGGGUGGCAUGCACAUCUACCCGCCCAAAGCACUCCCCGAGGACCUGCAACAAUUCCUGGACGAGGCUAAGGAGGGGGCCAUCUACUUCAGCCUCGGCAGCAAUGUCCAGAGCAAGGACAUGCCGCCCGAAAUGCUGCAACUGUUCCUGCAGGUAUUCGGAUCCCUAAGGCAGCGAGUCCUGUGGAAGUUUGAAGACGAAAGCGUAUCGAAGUUGCCGGAAAAUGUAAUGGUGCGGAAGUGGCUCCCACAAGCGGAUAUUCUGGCCCACCGCAACAUCAAGGUAUUCAUCACCCACGGCGGUCUCUUUGGUACUCAGGAGGGUGUCCACUAUGCCGUGCCCCUUUUAGGCUUUCCCAUAUACUCCGACCAGCACCUAAACAUGAACAAAGCCGUUUGGGGCGGCUAUGCAAUCAGCUUGCACUUCCAAUCUAUAACCGAGGAGAUUCUGAGGCACUCCUUGGACCAGCUAUUACACAAUGCCACCUAUAAGGAGAACAUCCAGCGAGUGUCGAAUAUCUUCAGAGAUCGCCCCAUGGAAGCCCGCAAAACGGCCAUCUACUGGAUAGAAUACGUCAUCCGGCAUCGGGGAGCUCCUCACAUGCGGUCCGCUGGUCUGGAUCUCAACUGGUUCCAGUUUUAUCUUCUGGAUGUGAUAGCCUUUGUGGCUUUUAUUCCAGUAGCUGGCAUUCUAAUUCUUCGUUUGGUUAUCAAACUUCUUUGGGACAAUGUCAAGAAGACUAAGAAGGCCAAGAAACAUUAGGGCUUUACAAACAUAACAUUUUAUAUUUUAGAGGAAUCAAAUAUCAGGGACUGGUUCAACAAACCCAAAAGAAAUAAACUACGUAUUCAAAAACAACAUCUGGCAGCUCUCUUUUGAAAAUUUUUUUUAACGAUAUUGAGGUUAUUUCCGAAGAUGAAGCCGAAGAUGAUGAGCAUCUCCAACAUAUUGAAAAAUGAGGUUUCAAAAUCGACAUUUACAAGACGAAUUCGGCAUUAAAGCUGUAGCUCUAUCCCCAUUUUUUAACUAAUUCAACUACACCUAAUGUUUCGACUGCUUAAUUCCUAGAUCUAAAGUUUAAACACACAGUUAAAUGCAAAAAUACGUUUCAACAAUAAAAAUAA